AUGCUCGGUCUUGAAUUCACCGCGACGCGUACGCAGAUCGCAUCCUACCUCUUUGGCGUCGCUCUCUUCAGCAUCAGCUUUCUCGUGUUCCUCAAUAGCUCGAUAUCCUUCGUCAUCACACAGCGCAUUGGCCAGUCGCGAAAUGUGGGCGAUGCGGUCGGCACUCUGGGCUUCGUGGAUGAGUUGGUAGCGCUCAUUGCGUGUCCAGCAUGGGGUUUACUGAGCGACAGGGUUGGCGUGAGGAGUGUUGCGGUCAUGGGGUAUAGUAUUGUGGGUGUUGCGCUAUGGGUUCUUGUGCAGGCGAAGAAUGUGUACCCACAGUUGUUGCUUGCGAGGGUGCUGUUUAGUCUGGGUGGAAGCGCGACCGCGACUAUGGUCACGGCGAUUCUGCCCUCGAUGACUAUUGUCAAGGAAACCAAACCUGAUCCGCGGUCGCCGACACAAAGUCGUGGUAGAUCGCAUGCGCCGGCUGCUUCGAUAUCGUCCGAACUCACCAUUACGCCCGCGCGUUUCCGAUCAAACUCCCCUGAAGACCAUACACAAGACACGCCCUUGAAGAAGGACUCGGGCGUAUCCACGUCACAACUUGCCGGGUUAGUGGGCAUGUUCACAGGAUGCGGUGCCUUGGUCGCAUUGUUCGUUUUCCUACCUCUGCCAACACAAUUCCAAAAUGCUGGCGAGCGUCCCGCAACAGCUGUGGCAGAUGCUUUCUAUGUUGUAGGAGCCAUUGCUCUUCUUGUGGCACUGGGCUGUUUCUUCGGCCUGCGCCAGUUGCCAGGCGAAGAAGCGAAAGGCUGGAAACGCCUUACUAGCAAAGGCGACUACAAAGACGUAGACAGCCAUCUGACACGCGACGUUGUGUUAUCUUACCCGCGUCUCUUUCUGGAAAGUGUUCGUCUUGGUUUCACUUCGCCAAACAUCGGACUCGGCUACGUAGGAGGAUUCGUCGCACGCGCAUCAUCAGUCGCUAUAUCGCUCUUCAUACCCCUGUUCACAAAUCACUAUUUCCUGCAGACCGGCCGCUGUAAAGUGGAAUCCAACAUUCCUUCCGAUAUCAAAGUCGCUUGUCCCGAAGCCUACAAACUUGCAGCCAUGUUGACGGGCAUCAGCCAGCUCAUAGCUCUCAUGUCUGCACCCCUCUUCGGCUACCUUUCCGGUCGUUUCCCUCGCUACAACAUCCCUUUGCUGGUAGCAGCUAUGUCUGGAAUUGCAGGCUACUCUGCAUUCGGAUCACUCACAAGCCCGGACUAUAAGAGUGAAGACGGCACAGGUGCGAUCUUCUUCAUCGUGGCGUUACUAGGCAUUAGUCAGAUCGGCGCCAUCGUUUGUUCUCUUGCCUUACUCGGCCGUGGCAUCAACAAUGAUGAACACCCCUCAACAGCCACCUCGGCAUCUGUGUCCGUGAACGGAACAACGUCGCAUCCAUCUGCAGGCGCUACACCGCCACACAGCGCACCCAUCACUCCCUUGGACGAAAACGCUCCUUUGCUUCCAGAGCACAUACACUCCUCGCGCUCUGCUUCCGCCUCAAGACGAGUUACAUCGCACAACCACAUUAAAGGCUCGAUAGCAGGGACUUAUAGUCUGCUGGGUGGCUUUGGUAUCUUACUACUGACUAAAGCCGGUGGUGCGUUGUUUGAUAGCACGGGUCCUGGCGCGCCGUUCUACAUGAUGGCAGGGUUUAAUGCGCUGCUUUUCGUGGUUACGAUUGUUGUUAGUGGACUGCAGGGCGCCAGGAGGUGGAGGACGGUCGUGUGGGGGUCUUAG